CAAAACCACUCACUGGGUUUGCAAAACUAAAAGCACAAACACUGCAUUGCACUCAGUUUGCAAUUUUGUAACACACAUUUUGCAAAACUGUAGGCACAAUUCACUGCACAACACUCUUUUUGCAGAACUUUAAACACAACUCACUGCUUACACUCAAUUACCAAAUUUCCAACACACUCCUAGCAAAAUUAUACACAUGUAUGGCUAUCAUUAACACUAUUUUGCCAACUGUCUGGCACACUUUCACAUGUGAAAACAAUUUUAGAUAAUUAGUUCACUUUGCAAUCAGCCUAAGCACUAUAAAUAAGCCACAGGUAAGCUGUCUGUGUGGAGUACAAUGGAUGGAGCAGUAAGAGUGAGAAGAGUGAGAAUCAGAGGAGGCCGAGGGAGAGGACGUGGAGUUGAAGAAGCAAGACGGUUAGAGGAAGAGGACAAGGAGGAGCAAGAAGAGGACGAGGAGGGGAAAGAGGAAGGGUAAGAAGAGUAAGAAAUAGAAUAACUGAUGACAUCAGAGCUACACUAGUGGACCAUGUCAUCAACCAUGGGAUGACCCUGAGGGAAGCUGGCCAACGGGUUCAGCCUAAUUUGAGCCGCUACACUGUGGCAAGCAUCAUCAGGACAUUUCGAAAUGAGAAUCGAAUUGCUAGACGUCCAGAUGUUGGGGGCAGAGGAAGAAUGUUCACUCCAGAGCAAGAGACCCAUAUAGUGAACCUGGUGAUUGCCAAUAAUGCAAUACGACUGCACGAAAUACAGCAGCGUAUAGUUGAUAAUGACACCAUCUUUCAAAAUAUACACAGUGUAAGCAUUUCUGCACUAAGUCGUGUACUUGCGCGCCACAGACUAAGAAUGAAGCAAAUUUACAGAGUUCCUUUGGAGAAUAACACAGAACGUGUAAAGCAACUGCGAUAUGACUAUGUGCAGGUAAGCUCUAGUGUCAUUGGUUCUGAAUUUGGAAGUGCAUACUGUAGUGCUGUGCAUGGGCCUGAUGUGAUGCAUUUGUUUUGUCUUGUCCAGAGAGUGAUGGAACUAGAAGCAGAUGCCAUGGGACAUGAGCUACUUUUUGUAGAUGAGGCCGGUUUUAACCUCAGUAAAACCAGGAGACGUGGCAGGAACAUUAUUGGACACCGUGCCAUCAUCAAUGUCCCAGGACAACGUGGUGGUAACAUAACCAAGUGUGCAGCUAUAAGCCAAAAUGGUGUUGUUCACCAUCAUGCAACCAUAGGCCCAUACAACACUGCACACAUUAUUGCAUUCCUGGACACCUUACAUGACAUGCUCACUGUUCAGAGACCAGAGCAUACCCGAUAUGUCAUCAUAUGGGACAAUGUUAGUUUCCACAGGGUUGCUUUGGUCCGCAACUGGUUUACAGACCACCCAUUCUUCAUGGCACUCAACCUCCCUCCAUACUCUCCAUUCUUAAAUCCCAUUGAGGAGUUCUUCUCUGCCUGGCGCUGGAAAGUGUACGACCGUCAUCUUCAUCAACAGGUAGCCCUUUUACAUCAAUGGAGGAGGCAUGUGGAGAUAGUGACCAGGCAUCAUGUCAGGCCUGGAUACGGCAUUCAAGGAGAUAUUUUCCCCGGUGCCUUGGACUGGAGGAUAUUGCAUGUGUUCUGA